AUGAUCUUUUUUAAACCUUAUGAAUUUUCAAGAAAAAUAAUCCAAGAACCACUCAAUAAAUUGAAGAAGCUAGAAAAGGAUGAUGAUCAAGAGUCUCCGUAUGAAGAAUCAAUAUACGUUAGAAGGGUGUCUAUUUCAAAUCCGACACAAACUCUUCAUGCGGCGUAUGCAACUGUAUCAAAGCAUAAAAAAGUUUUAUUUAAACAUAAUAAAAGCAGUUGAAAUGCGGCUUACCCAGAAAACUCGCCCAGUCCUACAAAUUUUUCGACUCAGGACUAUAAACCUUCAUUUUAUCCGAAUGCUUCACUAAACCCAGAACUAGAGAGAAAAAUAAAGGCAAUAGGUGCAGUUAAUAGAACCUCAAAUUUAUUUAGAAAGGAAAAAUGCUUUUCAUCACCUAGGUAUCAAAGAAAUGUAAGGAAAGGAAGUCCAAUUAAAAUUCAUAGCAUUAGCCCAAACAUUGCAAUUAGCUUAAUGAGAACUCAGAUAAAUGAAAAAUGUAGCCAAUGUGGCUAUGAGAAUUGUACUUGCUUUUCCAAGUUAUAUUGUGUUGAAUUGAUUCUGGUGAUAGAAUACGCUGAUAUAUAAAAAUAAAACGCCUAAUUUGUAUAAGAAUUAUAGGUACAAAUUUAAAUAAAUAAAAUAUAGAUAUUUUAAAUCAAAAAAUAAAAGAGCAGCAUCACCAUAAUAAAAAUGCAAGAAAAGCUUUACAAAAUGAAAUCAAUGAACUUGUAAUAUCAAAAGAAAAUCAAAAAAUUAAAAAAUUAAAGCCAAUGCUUAUAAAAACAUAUAGAGCACAGUCUGUUGAUACUCAACUUCUUAGUAUAGAAGAUAUUGAGCAAAAGCGCAAUGCAACCCUAAGUGUUUGUGUUACACCUGUGACAUUACAUAAGAAGCGUAAAUAUAAAUUUUAA